AUGACUUCGAUAUUCUCUCGCGCCGCGGCGAGUGGCACUAUUGAGCCUCCUCUGCCGCAGGCUGUUGGAUAUGUGGUCGUCGUGCUCAUCGGCUUCCUCAUUGCCUUUAUCAUGAUAUUUGUCACCUACCUGCUCAAGAGGACAGUGGGUGAGGACAAUAGGACGACAGAAAUGUUCAUGACUGCGAACCGCCGGGUUGGCACCGGGUUGACAGCCUCAGCGGUCAUAUCAAGCUGGCUGUGGAGUACGGCGAUGCUGGGGAGUACCCUCGUAGGAUACAACUACGGAAUUGCGGGUCCUUUCUGGUUUGCUGCUGGAUGUUCCCCCAUGAUCGUCUUUUUUGCAGUAUUGGGCAUCGCAUGCAAGAUGCGAAUUCCAGAGGCUCACACGCUCUUGGAAAUCGUCAGAAUAAGAUACGGCAACGUUGCGCACAUAGUCUGGAUCGCACUUUGUCUCAUCAACAACAUCAUUGCCGUUGCGAAUAUGUUGCUUGGAGCAAGCGCAGCCAUAUCAGCUUUGACCGGAAUGCCAGUGGUAGCCGCUAUCUUCUUGUUGCCGGCGAGUGUUGUUCUGUAUACAUUUGUCGGUGGCAUCAAGGCCACUUUCUUGACAGAUUAUUUCCACACUUUCAUCAUCACCAUUAUAAUCUGCUACUUCACCAUUGCGACAUUUUCAGUCCCUGAGAUAUCCUCCCCAGGCCAUCUCUUUGAUCUCGUCGUCAAGGCAGGACAGGCUCAUCCUGUCGCAGGAAAUCAUAACGGGUCUUACCUAACAAUGGCAAGCAAAGAUGCAAUUCUUUUCGGCAUUAUCCACAUCCUCGCCAAUUUUGGUCUGGUCAUCAUGGACACCGGCUUCUUCACAAAAGCCUUCAGCGCGGCGCCACAGGCCGUAGUCCCAGGAUACAUCAUCGGCGGUAUCGCCUACUUUGCCAUCCCCUGGUGUCUGGGCACACUGAUGUCCCUCUCCGCUCUCGGCCUCGAGGCAAUCCAGUCCCCCCGAUUCCCAACGUACCCAGAUCGUAUGUCAGCGGUCGAAAUUUCCAACGGCCUUGUCCUCCCGUACGCGGCCGUCGCCAUAGCAGGAAAAGGAGGCGCCGCCGCAGUGCUGCUCAUCACAUUCAUGGCAGUCACCUCAACCAUCUCGGCCCAGGUCAUCGCCGUCUCGAGCAUCAUCACCUUCGACAUCUACCGGCAGUACCUCAACCGCGGCGCGACGGACCGCGACGUCAUCCGCUGGAGCCACGUCGGCGUCGUCAUCUUCGGCGUCUUCUCCGCCGCCUUCUCGACCGCCCUGUACUACGGCAGCGUCGACCUCGGCUGGACGCUGUACAUGCUGGGCGUGCUCACCUGCCCGGGCAUCUUCCCCACCACCUUCACCAUCCUCUGGAGGAAGCAGUCCAAGGCCGCCGCCACCGUCUCGCCCCUGCUGGGCCUCGCCACGGGGCUCGCCGUCUGGCUGGGCUCGGCGCAGGCGCUCUACGGCGAGAUCUCCAUCGCAGCCACGGGUGCGACCCUGCCUUGUGUUUACGGCACCACGGCCUCGGCGCUGAGCCCUGCGCUGUAUUCUGUCGUGAUCUCCCUCGUGCGUCCGGCCAAAUACGACUGGGCUGAGUUCCGGAAGGAAAGGCUUCUCUUUGACAAUCACAGCACCACCCGGGGUCAGAACCCGAGGGUGCCCGAGUCCCACGUGGAGGUCACAUCGUCAUAUACCGAUGAUCGGGCGAGCCUCAAGCACUGGGGCGUCAUCGCGAGUGCCUGGGCCCUCGCUACCUUCUUUGGCCACUGGGUCUUGUGGCCGCUGCCGAUGUACGCGGCCAAGUACAUCUUCAGCCGCCAGUUCUUCGCCGCCUGGGUGGUCAUAUCCAUCAUCUGGGUCUGGGGAACAAUGCUUGUUGCUGGCUUCUUCCCCAUUAUAGACGGCAGGAAACAAAUAUCCCUCGUAUUCAAAGGCUUCAGGCUUGGAAAAGAAAAGACUGCCACGCCUGUGGAGUCUUCCAGCAGCCGGGAGGGUACUAUCUCCGAGGUAAAGAAAACCGAGGAUGGAGUUGAGUUGAAGUCGUGA